AUGUCUCGCCAAGCUUCUGUUAUAACCAAGCAUCCGGAGCUCCAGGAUGUACGGGAAUCGUCUGUGCAGAAGCAUCCAGUUCGAUGGCACCGCUCCACUUUCUAUAACGCCACAAUCCUGGGGCUCUGCAAUUUCUCAGCUCCGGGUAUCUGGGGAGCAAUGAACUCUCUCGGUGCUGGGGGUGAAGAGAAGCCUUAUCUCGUCAACGCCGCGAAUGCACUCACCUUCUGCUUGAUGGUGGUCUCCUGCCUCUUCUCCCCUGUGCUCACCAAAUACAUUGGCAUCAAGGGCGCUCUCGUCUUCGGCACUCUGGGCUAUGCUCCAUAUGCUGCAGGCCUCUACACCAACAAUCGCUUUGGGACAGAAUGGCUGGUACUUGUCGGAGCUGCACUAUGCGGCAUUUCGGCGGGGGUAUUCUGGUCAGCGGAAGCCGCCAUCGCUUUGGCAUAUCCCGAACCAUACAAUCGAGGGAAAACACUGGGUUACUGGCUUACCUACCGCCUAGGUGGACAGAUCCUGGGCGGCGCCAUCAACCUCGGCAUCAAUGUGAACCGCAACGAAGUGGGCAAAGUCAGCUACACCGUGUACUUGAUUUUCAUCGCGUUGCAAGCGCUGGGCCCAUUCAUAGCGUUGCUACUCAACCGACCCCACGAAGUCGAGCGGACCGAUGGCCUCAAGGUCGAGUUGGAAAUUCUGGAGCAUCCUUGGCGCGAGCUCAAGGCGACGACGAGGACAUUCUUCACGAAGAAAUAUCUGCUACUAAUCCUGUUUAUCGGUCAAACCGUUUAUGCAGAAGCUGUUUUCUUCACAUACCUCUCGUUGUGGUUCAGUGUCCGAGCCCGGGCAUUAGGCUCCUUUUUGUCAGGUAUCGUUGCGGUGACUUGCGGCAAUAUCCUUGGCCAGUACCUUGACCGCACAAAGAUCUCGGUGAGGUUCAGGUCAAGGACUGCUUUCCUGACACUUGUGGUGCUGCAAGGCGGAUGGUGGAUCUGGGCGACAGUCCUUGUGACCAAGUUCCGACACUCAAGGCCUUCGUACGAUUGGACAAGCAGCGGCUUCGGCCACGCCUUUGUUCCGUUCUUAUUCUUGACCACGGGAUUUCAGAUGAAUUAUCUCUUCUGCUAUUUUCUGAUCGGACAACUGGCGGUUUCCCCGGCUGAGAUCAUUCGGUACGCUGCGUUGCUUCGUGGCACGGAAUCGGCUUGGCAAGCUGUCAGCUACGGCUUGAAUUCAAUCAAGAUAUUUGCUGAAGUGGGCGGAGUGUAUAUCAAUUUCGGGUUAUGGGCGGCGGCUUUGGUCCCGACAUGGUUGGUUGUGAGACAUUUUGGCAACGAUAUCAUUGCUUCCGCAGCGGCGACAGACAACAAUCUUGGCGUCGAAAGGCUCUCGAAUUCCGAAAGCGCAUCUGCUGAUCAGGGUAUCGAGACAGUGACUGAGAAGAAACCUUGA